AUGUCAGAUGUUUUGUUGUUGGAAAAAGCCUAAACACUUUUUUUUCAUCAUCAUUUGGAUCAAGAAAACUUAAAAUUCUUUGAAUUUUUGUUUGACGAUAAUCAUGACCGGAUCAAAUCUGAUUCGUUAUGGUUUUAAUGCAGCCAAAUUGUUUCGUUUAACACAACAACAAUCACAAUUUAUUGCUGUUCGAUCAUGUGGUUGGGUACGUGAUUUUAAACCGGGUCCAUAUCCACGAACACCUGAAGAACGUGAAGCAGCUGCACGUAAAUAUAAUCUUAUACCUGAAGAUUAUGAUUGUUAUGAAGAAGGAUCUGGUUUUGGUGAUUAUCCAAAAUUACCGGCCGUUUCACAUGAAGUAAUGGAUCCAUAUGAAAAUUAUGAUUAUUAUUAUCGUCGAAGAAAUUUUGGUGAAACGUUACAUCGUGAUUAUGAUAUUCUAAUGUCGGAACGAACAAAUCCAAAUGUUGUUCAUCGUUAUCCACCUCGAACUAUGUUUGCUAUUUUUCUAUCACCAUUCAUUAUAAUUGCUAUCAUUCAAUGGAUUGAUUAUUAUUUUGAUCUACAUACGGCUAAUCCAAUGAAACCGAAACAAUUGCCUGGUGAUGGUCGUGUACAUUAUACAUUUGAACCACUUGAUUGAUUGAUUUAGGAUUAAAUAAUAAUAAUAAUAAAAUCAUUUCGUAGAUUCA